AUGGCAUCCCCAGACACUGGCUCACAGCUGAUUGCCCAGUCCCUCUACUCCCUCGGCGUCAAGGUCAUUUUCGGCAUCGUCGGCAUUCCCGUCAUCGAGGUCGCCGAAGCCUGUAUCGCCCUCGGCAUCAAGUUUGUUUCCUUCCGGAACGAGCAAGCAGCGUCCUACGCUGCAAGCGCCUAUGGAUUCCUCACUGGCCGACCGGGCGUCUGCCUCGUUGUCGGUGGCCCCGGAGUACUACACGCAAUGGCCGGAGUUGGAAACUCGACUGUCAACGCGACAUUCCCACUCCUGCUGCUGGCAGGGAGCUCAGAGACUACCGCCGGCCCUACAAAAGGCGCCUUCCAACAGCUUGAUGCCGUAUCGCUGCUGGCGCCGCAUACAAAGCUCGCAGUGAGACCCCCGAGCUUGGAACAGCUCCCGGAGAGCAUUCGAGAGGCAUACCGCACCGCUUUCUGGGGCCGGCCAGGCGUGGGCUUCGUGGAUCUCCCCGCAGACUUCAUCCAAGGCACCCCCAGAGAGAAAAUUACAAUCUCUCCGGUCCAUCCCCAGCCCCGCGUCAGUGGCUCACCCGCUCAAAUCCGGGCCCUCGCCGAUGCGCUCAGAGGCGCAAAAAAGCCGCUCAUAAUCAUUGGCAAAGGCUGCGCCUACGCGCGCUCCGAAAAUAUCCUUCACAAGUUCAUCGAAGCCACCAACAUCCCCUUCCUCCCCACUCCGCAGGGAAAGGGCGUCCUAUCCGACAACCACCCGCUCAACAUCGCCACCGCGCGCUCUGCAGCUCUCAAGAACACCGACGUCGCAGUCCUCCUCGGCGCGCGCCUCAACUGGAUCCUCCACUUUGGCGAGACGCCGAAAUGGUCUUCCACCGUGCGGAUCGCGCAGGUCGACAUCUCGCCCGAGGAGCUCGGCCGCGGCAGCACAGACCCCGCCCUCUCCGUGACGGGUGACAUCACUGAAGUCGUCACACAACUCCACAGUGCGCUCUCUGGGUGGCGCUACAGCGACGCCUCAUGGCACGGGCUGCUCUCCGCUUCGUCGGCGAAGAACGUAGCUGCCGCUGAUAAGAAGGCCGCAAUCGUCAAGAACCCGCUGGGCUACCACCGCUCGUUCACGCUGCUCCGCGAGCACCUGGAGAAGCUUGCGGGCGGCUCCCCGGACGAUAUCGUCUAUGUCUCGGAGGGCGCAAACACGAUGGACAUCUCGCGCAGCAUCUUCAGCGUCACCAAGCCGCGGCAGCGCCUCGACGCGGGGACAUAUGCCACCAUGGGCGUGGGGCUCGGAUAUGCGAUCGCGGCCGAGAUCGCCUACAACCACACGCGCGAGACGAGGACCAGUACCCGUAAGCGCGUUGUCGCCAUCGAGGGAGACAGCGCAUUCGGGUUCUCGCUGCCGGAGAUCGAGACGAUGAGCCGGUACCGGCUGCCCAUCAUUGUGGUGGUGGUCAAUAACGGCGGGGUGUAUCGUGGGACCAGCGAUAAUUCACCUGCGUGGGGGACGGAGGUGUGGGACGCUGAUAAGGAGGGGAGGAGAAGUGCGCAGUUGUUGCCGUCGACGGCGUUGAGCUUUGAGACGGGGUAUGAUGUGGUGGCGGAGGGGCUCGGGGGCAGAGGGUGGAAGGUGAGGACUGAAGAGGAGUUGGAGCGUGCGGUGAAGGAGGCGUGGGCGUAUGGGCAGGGGCCCAGCGUAAUUAAUCUGAUUAUUGAGAGUGGGAGCGAGAGUAAGCUGGAGUUUAAUUGGCUGGGUAAGAAGGAGAGUAAGCUGUAG